AUGAUCCAAAACUCCUUUACUUCGUCACUAUCUCGAGCCAAAGUUCUAAUGCUUCACGGCCAUGGACAAUCAGGACAAUUUUUCGAAAGCAAAACGCGCUUCUUGCAGCAGCGCUUGAAGGACAGCAUCAUUAAAGCCUCCCAUAUGCAAUCCGACAAUACAUAUUCCUCCGACCAUGCCGAUCUGGUCGACUUUUACUAUCCCUCCGGAAUACUACCUGCGAAUCCGGAUCAACGCGAGGAUGAUGCGUAUAACAGCUGGGCAUGGGCAUACGGAGAUCGCAAAUUAGAUCGAGUCGCCGGUCUGGAACAAUCUCUACGCUAUCUAUUCCAGAUCCUAGCGGAGAAUGGACCAUUUAUUGGAGUGGUUGGGUUUUCCAUGGGAGCUACUAUGGCUGCCAUUCUUGCAUCUUUUCUUGAGAGACGAGAAUCACUGUGUGGGUUCAAAUUUGAAACAACUCAUCCGCCUUUUAAGUUUGCUGUCUGUUGCAGUGGAUUCAAGCUUGGUAACCCCCUUUUUAAAGAGUUUUAUAAUUCAAAGAUUGAGACGCCAAUUCUUCAUUCUAUUGCCAUUAUGGAUGGUAUGAUUGCACCCUUGGAAUCGAUGCAGCUGGCGAAAUCUUGCAGUCGUGCUUCUUUAUAUACUUUCUUCGGAACACAUUAUGUGCCGCGGUCGUCUGAAUUUGUGGAGACUUUAGUGGAUUUUGUAAUGAAUGCUUUGACUAUGAGAGAUAGCGAUGGGGAUUGGGAGGAUUAUGAGGAUGAUUAUACAUCAUCCAGUUACAGAGUCUAA